AUGUCUUCUACUCUUGGGGAGCAGACCAUAGCCCCUUCACCAUUGAGCAGGCCCCGGCCCCCCGACGCUCAAUCCCACGUGUAUGAAAUCACCGAAAGCUCUCCCGACGCAUCUCAGUCUGACAGUCAGCCCGGCUCUGAAUAUUCUCACGGCUCGAAUGGCGAAGAUUACACCGGGCGUGAUUAUACACCACGAGUUACUUUCCAACAGUAUGAGGGAGACGUGACGACACCAAUCGCGGAACCAGAGCCUGGCAUUGAGCGCAUCGUCGUGACCACUCCGGUCCCUCCUCCACUAAAAAAGACCGGUAUCAAGAAAUCCAUUAUUGUCUACUAUGACAUCCCGGAAGGUUCAGUGGAGGGAACAGUUGAUCCCUCCACCUGGGGUAAAAACGGACCACCGAACACAAAUCAGCGCCCGUGGCUUGUGCAGUUCAAGUCGACGUUUUUAGUUUCCUGCAUUGCGAAUGCAAUGGGCUUUCAUGUUGAACUCGUUACGUUUGAGAAAGAAUAUGCAGAAAUGCUAGAUAAGCUCCAGCAAGAUCAAAGUUCUGAAAACGAACCAAAUAUACAAUUGCUACAAUAUCUCCUUGAGGUUAUCAGAGUCGAUCUUGGCUCCGUUUUGGAACUCCACCGCCAGGUCCUCGAAAGGAAAUUAGAGACUGUAUCGUUUGCAAAUAUCUGGUACUUGUUCCAGCCCGGCAGCAUUGUCUCGUGUAACGACCAAGGCCACGAGCAGCUCUAUGCUGUAUAUGAGGUGAUGAGUGAUCAAAAUCAGCAGGCAGUUAAUCCUUUCAGGCCACAAAAUUAUUCUUCCAGCUAUAGAAGGGUAAAAGCACCAAGAUUCACACAAACUUCCUACGAUGAUGUUUACAACUAUCGCCCCCGCAACCCUGACCACUCCUCCUUUGGUCAGUCCGAAUAUGCUCCCGAGAAUUAUUAUGCUGUUCCAGAAAACCUGCAGGAAGAUGCCGAAUACCCGCCAUUUAUUCUCAAAUGCUAUUACACAGUCUAUGACGGCUCCCUCAUCGGCCCCUCGUGUAAGGAUCUCUCGAUUCCGUACUUUUCCGGGCAAAAAGCGGUGCUUGACUUGCCAGUGUACCCUGUUGCUCUUCACCCAGAAGAGAAUGCCAUCCUGCAUCGAUUUCAGGAAAGGGGACUUAAAUUCCUCUCUUGGAAAGGUCAUCUGCACUAUGAGGGAUCAACACUGCCACCUCCUAAUCUACACCCUGGGAGCAUUGCUUUCUGGAGUGAAGAAGUAGACCAAGAAGUCUAUGCAGACUUUAAAACAGGCUAUCGGUUCAUGGACCACCAGCACAGACCAGUCAUGUCCAAACCAGCCGAGGGGCCUUACAUCGGCAUGACUAUCCGAACUGAAAAGCAGUUUGCCAGACUGGAAUCCCGUGCUGAAGUCCUCGAUCAACUUCGCGAAGCGUCUUUAGACAGGCAGCGAUCAAUUGAAUUUCUAAGAUCACAGCCUGUUGGUUGUCGCAUUGUAUCGAUGGAGAAGGCUCUAGAACUGAAAGGCUAUUUGCAACUACUACCAUAUCAAGUUCUGUGCUUCAUCUUUAGGAUGCGAGGUUGGCGUUACCUGGACGUUGAUUUGCUGCAACAAAUCGACAAAAGUGAAGCCGCCGCCAAAAGCGGAUUCGACGAUCUUGUCAUCCCCGACGCCUAUCGUGAUCUUCUCAUUUCUGUCAUCGAGAGUUACAGGCCGGAUCCCAAACUCCGUGGAGAAGCAAGUCGCCCCAAGAUUUCCUCGCAGAUGGAUAUUGUCCGGGGCAAAGGCCGAGGACUCAUCAUACUCCUUCACGGACCGCCCGGGGUCGGCAAGACGAGCACCGCAGAGACAAUCGCAGCCUAUACUAGACGCCCUUUGUACGUUCUAACAUCCGGCGAUAUCGGACUGACAUCCAGGGAUAUCGAGGCUAGUUUGUCGUACCACUUCAACUUAGCUAGCAACUGGGGUUGCAUAAUGCUCAUUGACGAAGCUGAUGUCUUUUUAAUGAAACGAGAUUGGCAUGACAUUGAGCGGAAUGCCUUGGUCUCAGUCUUCUUGAGGGUUCUAGAAUACUACUCUGGCAUUCUAUUUCUCACAACCAACAGAACCGGAGUAAUCGACGAAGCUUUCAAAUCUCGCAUGCACCUUUAUCUGCGGUACCCCUCAAUCGACCUUGACUCCACGAAGCUCAUAUGGGGCAAGCUUUUGGAUCGCAUAGCCCGCGAAAACAAAGAAAAUAAGAUCAGAAUUGAAUUCGACCGGUCGGCUCUUUUAAAGUAUGCAUCCGAUCAUUUCGAGAGCCACAAGGAGAAAAAGACAACCUGGAACGCACGACAGAUCCGCAACGCCUUCCAAACAGCCAUUGCGUUGUGUCAGUAUGACCGGGUGCACAUGCUGGAAGACAAUGGAUUGACGGAGGAGGAGGCAGAGGAGAGAGGAGGUCGUUUCAUGAGGGUGGAACUCAAGAGCGAGUAUUUUGAGAAGAUUGCGGAGAGCGCCAAGGACUUUUACACAUUUAUGGCUGGCUUGAAGGGAGGCACGGAUGACCAGAUGGCUUUGGAAGAGGGCCUGCGCGAUGACUCGUUCGAUCCAAGCGAACGAAUGGCUAAGAAGCCGUAUCAUGGGCUGCUCAGUCUGAGAGGGAAGCCGCCCCUGGAUCACAAUAGGACAAUGUAG